AUUCAGCUAACUGUCAGCGGAGCAUAAGCAGCUGUUCACAAAAUAAAAAAACACUACGAACGCUUCAAAAAAUUUUACGUAAUUUUUGAUUGUGAUUUGCUGUUUACUGGCCGCGAUUGUUUAUAAACGAGCGAAAAUGUCGCUAAUACGCCAAGUAAUGUGCCGCGCUGCCCCCACCAUGCAGUUCACUGCACGCUGGGCAUCUACCCAGGAUGUUGGGCCAAUUGAUCCGAACACGGCGCUGGCCCGUCCCGAGGAGCUCGAGCAGCGCAACAAGCUGAGCGGCAAGAUAACGGUGCCCGUUACCGUCGAUCUGGCCCCCAUUACGGGUGUGCCCGUGGAGCACCUGAAGGAGCGACGCGUCCGCAUCCACAUACCACCAAAGAAUGCGAUGCAGAGCGGCACCAACAACAUCCACAACUGGCAAAUCGAAUUCGAUAAUCGCGAUCGCUGGGAGAAUCCACUCAUGGGCUGGGCCUCCAGCGGUGAUCCUCUGUCGAAUCUGAAUGUGCAAUUUGGGUCCAAGGACGAGGCGAUUACCUACUGCGAGAGGAACGGUUGGAAAUGGUACGUCGACGGCGAGCUGAAGACCAGGAAGGAGCGCGUCAAAAACUAUGGCGUCAACUUCUCGUGGAACAAACGCACGCGCGUCUCCACCAAGUAAACAGAAUGCAACUGCAACUGCAACUGCAACAACUACAUUAACCAAGUUGCUGGCAGCAGCAAAAUAGCAAAAAAUUACGUGUUAUAAAUACUUUAAUUUCUACUUUUUUUUCGCUACAAUUAAAACUUAUAAUAUGUGAAUUUA